AUAAAACACCGACAGCUUGUUUUUCUGCACACAAGAAGACAGAAGUGCGUUGAAGUUUGGAAAGUUUUCCACUUGUUGUUGUUGUUUCUGAAGUUUGACUAACUUUAUUUCUUGGAGCAAAUCUCAGAGAAACAAACAUGAGUCACGUCGACGUGAAGAACCUGAAGCCCUCCACCUUUGAAGACGAACACUACGACAAAUAUGAAUAUUAUAACUUAUCUGAUAAAUACGCAGAAGGCUCAGCCCGUAAAGGCAGGACAAAGAAGGAGGCCAGUGACAACACCAACAGACACAACCCCUCCGGACAUGAGCGCAAGAUUGUGGAGAAGCUCCAAAACACGGAGAAGAAAGCCAAGGAGUGAAUACUGAGGGCGACUCGGACGGCUCAUCCCGGACACCGACCUGCACCACCUGCACGACCUGCACCACCUGCACGAGACAGAACAAACGUAGAGACGACAGGAGGCUCCGACAGGCGAAGGCUUGACGUGAAGAAGAGGAGCCUGCAGCUCCAGAUGUUCACACUGCGGCUCCUUGUUGUCGAGCCCCCCCCCAGGAGGAGGUGCACCUGGUCCACGUUCAGACGUGGGGGGGAUUUCUAUGUUUUUAAUGGCUUUAAAAAGAGUUUUUUACUAUUAAAACUUUUCUCAAAUGA